AUGUCCGACGAUUUCAGCCUCUGCUGCUGGGUACGAGGUACCUCCGUCGAUGCCACCUUCAUUAUCAAGAUUUCACUGACAGAAACUGUCGAUACGCUCAGAAAUCUUGUAAAAGCAACUCGACAACUCGACGAUGUUCCGGCCUCAGAUCUCCGGCUGUUCAAGCUCAAGGAUCCCCUGCGAAGACCCUAUAAGGAGACUCUCAAUGGUGUCACCCUCUCGACGGACGGGGAACUCUUGGAUCCUUCGGAUGAGAUAUCAGAGGUGUUCGCGGCACCACCACCAAAGCGCCACAUCCAUAUCAUAGUGGGUACGUAG